UCUUCUUCUCGACACACAUUCUCACCUUGACAUUAUCCAUUUACAUAUCGUUAUUCUGUUCCUAAUAUCUAGCAUAUACAUAUUUUUUUGCGCCAUCACUUUUUAUACUCAUUUUCGCUUCGAUUCGUGAUCUUACACAACACCCCCGCACACAGAUAUCAUGGCCCGAUUUACACAACAACCCUUUGAAUUCUACCAAGAGUCCUCCUCAACAUUAGACCCAAAACCCACUUUCUGCGAGGAAGAUGAGAUGAGCGUGUUGGACGAUAAGAUCCUCGACUCCACACCAGAUGUCUCCGGCAUAUCCGAUCCUCGACGGUCGUCGUAUGAUCAACAUGCAGAUGCUCUGUCCUACCGAGAAUCAGUCUGGGGUGACUUUACACAGCAACAACAGCCACAUCAAUCACAUGUAGCCCCGUCGCUGCACCCUGAUGCCUCUCGGCAAGAUUCGCAUGUGCCUUCGUCCAUACCCAUGUACGACUCGGGCAAUCAAUUCAUGCGAUUAGAUACUGCACAGAGCAAUGCUGCCUAUACACACCAGGCCGCUUGGCCUAUGUCCCGAGGUUCUGGUUCGUGUACGCCAACUCCUGUAUAUGAUCAGUUCGCACAGGAUUACGAUGCAAGCUCUGCUGGCGCAUUCUCGGGUGGUGCCGUUGGUCCCGUCUCAGCCAUCAACUUUGGUCAAAUGUCCUCGUAUAGGGGGAAUAUGUUCGGUGCUCCCGGUAGUGUAGCCAUGUCUCCGCAGUCAAGUCAGGGUUGGAUGCAGACGGGAGAGAUGGUGGAUGGACGACCGGCUCGAAGUCCAACGUAUCGAACGGACUCGAAUCUGCAUCUUCGUCGUGACGGUAUUCGCAAGAAGAAUGCCCGGUUUGAGAUUCCUGCCGAGCGUACCUUGAGCAAUAUCGACCAAUUGAUUGCGCAGUCGACCAAUGAGGAAGAGAUCAAGGAACUUAAGCAGCAGAAGCGUCUUCUUCGGAAUAGACAAGCAGCACUUGACUCCCGCCAACGAAAAAAGCUUCACACUGAGAAGCUGGAGGAAGAGAAGAAACAAUUCACCACAGUCAUCACCGAUCUCGAGGAAGCCCUGCACAACAUGAAGAUUCGUGAAAGCGAGCUGCUCCGAGAAAAGACUGAAUGGAUGAAUGCUCAGCAACAGUUCCAGCAGUGGAUAGAAGGUCUACAAAUGGAAAAGGACGAACUCAUCCGUGUCCACACGUUGGAGACUGCAGAGUUGCGCAAGAAGAACAACAUUCUUCGCGAGACCAUGGAGAAGAUGGAGCAGCAAUUUAAGUCGAUGGGAAAGCAGCACUCGAAUGCGUUUGCUACAAACGGGUUCGGCGAGUUUGACAGUCUCCAUAUGGAGAGCGGUCCAUGGGAUGAAAUGUCUCUGGUGAACAAUAUCUCUCUUGAAGCUGAGGGUUUGAGUGCGCCAGUCGACGCCAACAAUGACAACAUGACAGCCAUGGUUCCCGUCAAGAAUGAGAAAGCAGAGAAGAUCUUCAACAACCAGAACAGUGAUUAUCCUUUCAGCUGGAAUGCAUUCUACAUGUGUUUGCUGUUUGGAGCCUUCAUUGCAUCGAAUAGUACUUCUCUAUCUUCACCAGCCGCGCUUCCUCAACUCUCAGACGAAUACCGCGCCGAGUCAGCCAAUGUCCUCAAAGCCGUUCUCGCAUCUGCCCCGGCUGAUGUAUCUUCUUCUACUAUCCAGCAUCUCCCUACAACCAUCUCAGGUGCUGAAAUGGCCCAUAUGACUUCAGGAAGUACUAUUCAGGCCUCGACUCUCGACGAACUCCACAAGAAUCUCGCACUACCCUCGAAACAGCAAGAAAACGAACAAGUCUUUGCUCUCAACCCGGAACAAUACAAUGCUCUAACCACUUUCCAAGACGACAGCCACAACACUAACAUGGACUUUGGCGAUAAACCUCAACAACAGCCAUCAAACCUUCAGCAAGCUCUAGCGGCUAUGCGCGGGAAUAACGAUGGCGGUAGAACGUCAGAAGUCUAUUCAAGGUCUUUGAUGUGGGAUCGUGUUCCGGAGAAGGUUGUCCGUGAUUUUCAACGAAUGGUUCGCGAAUGUGGUGCCACGAAGUGAUCUUUACUUCCUCUCUCGAACUUCCCCCCUCUUCUAUUACCAAGUUGAAUGAUGUGAACAAAGCUAGGCUGGCCUAGCACCUCAUUCCAUCGACUUGCAGCUCAAUUGAACCGACAGAACCCUAAAAAGCGGACGGCACGCUUCUACAAAAGAAUAGCCGGUGGCUCGACGCCUCCCCUUCCCUCCAUAUACAUAUACAUAUAUAUAUAUCCCCUCCAUCUCCUUUGUUCAUGUCAGAUGAUACGAAUCUUGCAUGAUGAUAUGACUAUUGUGUUUUGUCUUUUCUGUUUUGUAUCAGCACUUUAGCGAGGCGAUUUUUAGCAAGCGUUGUUUUUCUGCAAUUCUUUCGGCGUUUUUCCUUUUCUGUCUCCAAAUUUGAUAACAUAACGGCUGGAUGGAUUGAUGAUUUUAAUGAUUUGUUUUGUUUGCUUUAUUUUGUUUACUGACCUCGAGUCAAACGAUGAAGAAAGAGAAAAAGAGACCCUUCCAAUCAAUCCUGAUUGAGUUAUAGGGGAUUUAUGUGUGCGAACACAAAGAUGUCUUCAUGAUUCUUGUUUUUUUUUAUUCUUGUACAUUUUUUCUUUCUCUUCCGUCUCUUGUUGCUUCUUCUCAGAAUGAUCCUGUUCUUGUUUCUUUAUACCGAUUGAAAUGUAUCUAACUAUCUAUCCUCUUCUUCUAUAUCAUACUAUCUACUUUACUGGCCCUUGGCCAGCGAUCUUGGUACCGAAAUCUCUUCUCAUCGAGUAAUCGAUCACUCCUUUUUUGGCUUGUAUGUAUUACGGAGAUAGCUCCGAACUCAGAUAUCACGACAGAAA